UACCUUAAUCAUGUGACUGAGACACCUAUAAUGGACCCCCGUUACUGUGCCCAAGAUAUACUCCUCUGUGACCUGUGUCAAACAAAUGCAUUACAGAGUCAUUGUGAAUUCUGUGGAGACAAUCUCUGUGUACUCUGUGUUGGAAAACAUCUCUCCUUGCCAUUUAGCAAACACAGUGUUGUACCAUACAGUUAUAUAGCUUCUAGUCUAGACCUUGACUACGAAAACUGUUUAAUCCACACCCAGAAACAUUGUGAACUUUACUGUGAGAAAUGUGACACUCCUAUCUGUUCUACCUGCAUCUCCUCUGGGAAACACAAAGAACAUGAUAUAUCUGAUGAAGUUCAAAACCGGAGUUCCAAAUCAAACGGUUUAGAAAAAGAGUUAAAAGAACUAAAAUACAAAAUCAAUCCUGUAUAUGAAGAUAUAGAAUCCGAUUUAAAAUCGGAGAAAAUUAACUUAGAAAAACAUUACGAGAAACUGACAACAGCUGUAACCAAACGAGGAGAAGAAUGGCACAGAGAAAUUGACAUCAUUGUCAAAAAUAACAAAUCAGAAAUCCAUGAGAUGAAAACAAAACACUUGGCAGUUCUAAAUAAAGAGGAAAAUGAUAUCCAACAGAUUACUUCUGAUAUAAAACAGAGUAUUCUUGAUCUGAAGACAAUUAUGGACUCCAGUGAUGUAUCCUUAACACCUGCAUACAAAUCCAGGAAUGCAAAAUUUAGACAUUUACCUCCUAAAGUCAAAGUUUCAUUACCAAGUUUCUCUCCUCAUCAGAUCAACAAAGAAAAACUCAAUCAAAUGUUUGGGACUCUAUCAGCAUUAUCCAUUAUAACAGAAGAACGUGGCUACACAAUGAGGACAUCAGAAGCUGUAUCCUGUCCUCCGGUCAAACCUGUGGUUGAUAAACCGGAGCUCAUCGCCACGAUAAACACUGAGGAUAAUGAUCUAAUGAAUAUUACCAUGCUAAAUGAUGAAGAAAUUUGGACAAGUGGGACUGAGAAAAUUAUAAAACUCUAUAACCUCCAGGGCAAACUACUGAAAUCGAUCCAUACCAAGUCGGGGAGUAUUCCAAGCGACAUAGCAGUGACAAGGAGUGGAGAUCUAGUUUAUACUGAUCCUCGUACAAGAACUGUAAACAUGGUGAAGAAUAAACAGAUACAGGAAGUGAUCAGACUACAGGGGUGGAAACCUAACAAUGUCUGUAAUACCUCCUCUGGUGACCUCCUGGUUAUCAUGGUCAGUGACGAUGAACAGUCAAAAGUUGUCCGUUACUCUGGCUCCUCAGAGAAACAAACUAUUCAGUUUUAUAGUAAAGGUGCUCUGUACUCAUAUAACUAUGAUGAUCUUAAGUACAUCUGUGAGAACAGGAACCUGGAUAUCUGUGUUGCUGAUAGUGGAGCCCAUGCUAUAAUAGUAGUUAACCAGGCAGGAGAAUUCCGAUUUAGAUACACUGGUCAUCCCACUAGUACAUGGAUAACAUUUAAUCCAGCCGGCAUCACAACAGACAGUCAGGGUCAGAUCUUGACAGUAGACUGUUACAACAAAUGUAUCCACAUCCUAGAUCAGGAUGGACAGUUCCUCCGUUUCAUUGAUAACUGUGAUCUAAAGCUUCCACAUGGUUUAUGUGUUGAUACAAGAGACAACCUCUUCGUAGCUGAGUUGGAAGUUGGUAAAAUGAAGAAGAUCAAAUAUAUGUAAUACGUCUAUCAUAAUCAUGCAAUGAAUACGCAGCUAGUUGAAGGCCACCCAUAGGAAAUAUGCCUUAAAAUAUUCCGAGAAAAACAAUAUAAUGUUGUUAUUUUUUUUUAUCACGAGUUUUAAUUUAAUGGGAAUUUUAAUUAUGCAUACAUGUAUGUAUGUAUGGGGUCUCAACCAAGUUCGGCCAAAGCGAUUAAAAUUAGACAAAAUAUGUACGGAUACAGAGAUCGUAAAAGUUCAACGAUAUACAGAUAAUUUUUCACUAUAAGUUGAUUGUGUUUUCUUAAAGACAAAUUCCUUCACCAGAAAAGUAGUUAGGAGCAAUUUCCUCAUGCCCCGAGAAUUAUAUAAAAUUUAGCCGUCUUUUGAUAAACUUCAUGGAAUUACACUAUACGCGCACACUCUUCGAAAUAGUAAGGACAAUAGCUUCAUGUGUAUAAAAUAUAAUUCACAGUUUAGCGGAUAUCGUUGAAUUUUUGAGUUUUUAAAUGGGUUGUGCCUGUGAUUGUAGUACGUUUAUGAAUAAAAGUACAUGCCUGUGGCUUUAUAAGUGACGUACUAGUUAUCAUUUUAAUAAGACUGUGAAAUAUUGAGUAAUGCAUUCAAAUAUUUGACUCAAUUGUACUCAAAUCACGCUUAUUUCGUUUUGAUUUUUAAAUUAAGAAGCAAUAAUAGCUUGAUCUGCGUCUAAAGUACAGAG